AUGGAUGCGACUCGCAAGAAAGAGAGGCCGGAUUCCGCCGACGGAAAUGCUGAUGAUUCGAAUCAGAGAAAAGGUGAACAGUCUUUUCUUCUCGCCUUCCGUCUAUUUGUUUACUCGCAGCGAAAUGCGCCUCUGGGCGGCCUUCAACAGACGGCUGCCGAAAGCCCUGUCCGUAAGUUUCUUGUAUGCAAUAAAUACAACACGGCGGAAGGCUGCAUGUUUGGGGAGAGAUGUUUCUUCGCCCACGGUCAACAAGAGCUUGGCAUGCCAGUCGCAUCACCCGACCACCUCCAUUGUGUGGAUCCAACCCCCACCUUAAAGAUAAGUGUCGCUGCAUCGCUUGCGGGACUCGUCUUGGGUAAGGGUGUUGUCAAUGCCAAGAACAUAUGUGAACUGACAGGAGCAAGUCUAACAAUACUGGACCAUGAGUCGGAUCUGAAACUCAAAAGCAUCGAGUUGGAGGGAACUCAUGACCAGAUCGACCUGGCUAGUCGGAUGGUAAGAGAUCUCAUCGACAACAUCGCUGCCAGCACUGAUAAACUGCAAAUCGGGAAUCCUGCUCCGCAUAUAAGCAAAUUCAAGACCAAAAUUUGUGAUAAUUUUAGGGUCAAGGGUUUCUGCAGCUAUGGCAAUCGUUGUCAUUUCGCUCACGGGGAGAGCGAGCUGCGGAAGGGUCCUUCAUGGUAUUACCCGUGAGUUUCGACUAUUGUCUGCAAAUUUCGAGGAGCUGCGGGGAGAUUGAAACCAUUUUCGAGGCUGAGUGUCCAUACAAUCAGAAACGUUUUAGGGAAGAUUCAAUCAGAACUGCGUAAAUCUUUGUGUACAUUGACACUGAUUACUGUGAUCGAGUUCGAGAAUGGGCAAGGGAAGAUUCGUGAA